AUGGCCCUGGCCGCCGCCCUGGCUGAGCUACAGGCAGAGGCUCGCUGCCCACUGUGCCAGGGCCCCCUGCGCGCGCCCCUGACUCUAGACUGCGGCCACAACUGCUGCGGCUCAUGCCUGCGGGGGCGCUGGCAGAACCUUCAGGAGCCCCUGCCCUGCCCCGUGUGCCAGCACCCCUGCCCCCGUGAGCCCCGCGGGCCCAACACGCAGCUGGCACGGCUGGCUGACCUGGUCAGCCAGCUGCCCGGCCAGAGACCGGAGGGACACGCCCGGGAGGCAGGAGGCCGCUGUGCCGAGCACCAACAGGCCCUGAGCCUCUUCUGCGAGGACCACCUGGAGCUGCUGUGUGGCCAGUGCGCCGCCUCCGCUGCCCACCGCGGUCACCGCCUGACGCCCAUCGGCCCCGCGGCUGCUCAUCACAGGACAAAGCUCAAGGGCUAUCUGGAGCCUCUGCAGAAGCUGCUGGAGGAGGCGCAGAGGGCCCAGGAAUGGCAAGAGGCCCAGAGAAAGGAGUGGAGGGAGAAGGCGGCAAAGCAGAGGAUUGAACUGUUUUCGGAAUCUGAGCAGUUGAAGCAUUUCUUGAGAGUUGAGCACAAUGUCCUUGACAACGGGGUACGGAGACAUAUGUCAAGUCAUUCCAAGAAGAUCUUGCAGGGCAGAAAGCAGCUGGCAGAGCAUAGCGCCAGCCUGCAGAGGACGCUGCGGGACGUCACCCGGCUGUGUCUGCAGCCAGACCUGGGCCUACUGACUGGGCUCAGCGCGGUGCACCAGCAGUGGGACAGCUGUAGGAGCAUGGAGCUCCCUGCAGUCUUCUCCUACCAGUCUGUGGAGCCGGCUUUCAUCUUACCCCCUCAUUACACUGGCCUGCAGAACAUAAUCAGCAAGUUCCAGAGGGAUUUGACCUUGGACCCAGAAACCGCUCACCCCAGUCUGAUCAUCUCCCCGGACAGGAAAACUCUGAGUUGUCGCCAGGCAAGCACAGAGCCCGCCUCGGAUCCUUCCCCCAGGGCAUUCACCUCUCAGGAAGCCGUCCUGGGUGAGGAGGGGUUCCAAGGUGGCAGGCACUUCUGGCAGGUGGAAAUCCGAGGCUUGGGGGUGUGGUCCCUGGGUGUGUGCGAGGAAUCCUUCCCCAGAAAUGUGCCCGUGACACCAGCCCCAGCCAAUGGCCUCUGGAAGCUUCAGCAGUUCACUGGCUUUCGGCUCAACUCACGCCGAGCACAGUGUCAUGUUGGCGUGCUUCUGGACUGUGAAUUGGGAGAAGUUUCCUUCUAUAAUUUGGACAAGAGGUCCCACAUCUCGACCCUCACUGGGACCUUCGCAGGGAAGCUCCUGCCCUUUUUCUGUCUUGAAUCCUCAUCCUUGGCCUUUUCUAUGACUAUUGUCAACCAGGAAUGGUGA